GGAGCAUUAUCGCUGUAUCAGCUGGUGGGCUUGUAUCAAGCAAAAUGGAGUGAUGCCAUCAAGGCCGUAGUCGUGCGAUUUUACGCAACAUUUAUGCAAAAUUUCGUCCACGGGAUAGAUGUAUUGUCAGCUGGCAUCAAAGCAGGAAUAUCGAGCCUAAUGAACCUCGCCGGGCAAGCCGCCGAUCCCAACAACGGCGUCUACUUCGUCAACUUCAACCAGGACUUCACGUCGCUGGCCGUUGGCUCGAAAACUGGCUACAAGUUGUUCACACUAUCUGCAGUCGACAAUCUAGUCCAGAUCUACGAGAAUGACUCGGAGGAUAUUUGCCUGGUGGAACGGCUGUUCAACAGUAGCCUGGUAGCGGUGGUCAGUCUUUCGUCUCCUCGCAAGCUGAAGGUCUGCCACUUUAAAAAAGGCACCGAGAUCUGCAACUACAGCUACUCAAACACCAUCCUCGCCAUCAAGCUCAACAGAAAGCGGCUGGUAGUAUGUCUGGAGGAAUCGUUGUACAUCCACAACAUCCAGGACAUGCGCGUCCUGCACACAAUCAGAGACACGCCACCGAACCCCAUGGGCCUCUGCACCUUGUGCAAUGGAGAGGUCAGCUACCUCGCAUACCCUGGCUCGAGCACCAUUGGUGAGGUGCAGGUGUUCGACGCCCUAAACCUGAGUGCAAAAAUUAUGAUCCCCGCCCACGAAUCGCCACUGGCUGCGAUGGCCUUCAACUACACGGGUCAGCAAUUAGCCACCGCUUCGGAGCGCGGCACUGUCAUCCGAGUCUUCAACGUUGCCGACGGAAGUCGACUGUGGGAGUUCCGGCGCGGCGUCAAACGGUGUGUGGCCAUCUCUAGUUUGGCCUUCAGCCCAGACGCCACUUUCCUCUGCUGCUCCAGCAAUACCGAAACGGUGCAUGUUUUCCGCCUCGACCAACCAGACAGCCCCAGGCAAAGCCAACAAAAUUUACCGCAACCUGCUGAUGCUGGUGCUGGCUGGAUGGACUAUUUAUCCAAGGCUGUGUCUCGAUCUGCAAACCUCUUACCCGCCAGGAUGACGGACGUGUUCUCUCAAGGAAGGGCUUUCGCUACUGCCCACCUGCCAUUCCAAGGUGUUCGCAGUAUGUGCUGUGUAGUUAGCAUUCAGAAGGUGCCAAGGCUGUUGGUGGCAUCGGCAGAUGGCUACCUGUAUGUCUACGAAAUCAACACUGCUGAGGGCGGUGACUGCGUUCUCCUCAGACAGCACAAGUUGGACGGAAAAGCCACAGAAGGCUGCCCGCCAAAGGCUAUUUCGACUGACGUAGUCGACAAACCCUCGAGCUCCAUUGCGCUGCCCAAGCCCGAAGCAGGCGCCAUUAGUAGCUACGCUGGAAUUUUGAAGGGCAGUGGCAGCGCCAGCGUCAUGUCAGAAUCGGACAAACUGCGCGAAAUGAAGUUUGCCACGGAGCUGCCUCCCGAGGGACCACUCCAGUUGGACGACGACAGCGAAUUUCCUCCAGUUACCCAGAAAACCGAGUGAUAAUAAUAGAAGCUCCUUUCGUGCACAGACUCGCUUCGCCACGAGAGCAUAGAGACACGUUUGUUCGAUUAAUUUUCACAAACCGUACGUCGCUAACGUAAAGAACAGCAAAGUUAUUUUUGUACACGAAAUUCCAAAAUCCUUUUUCGACUUUCCUUUUUUGGCUGAUGUGAGCUGGACAAAAGAAAAAUGGUGGAUAAUUAUUUUUAACUUUCGACGCUCACUUGCUGUUUUCACCGAAUCGCAUAAGUGGUCAGUUUGAAGAUUUUCCUGUGUAGCAAAUAAGUUGUAAUAAUUUUAUCUCGCUGUAUAAUUAUCGAUAAAAGGAAAAAGCGUUCUGUGAAAAUUUCAAAAAGCCUAUAAAAAUGUUAAAAUUGCUGAAAAUGACAAGAAAAAAAUAUCUUAACUUUUUAAGAAGCCAGUAAGUCGAAAAA